GGAAAAUGCAGACGGAGGAGGAGACGGCCACCGCAGAAGAGCCCAUUUUGGAGGAAGGGUCAGGACGAGAGCAGCAACGGCCAGUCCAACAGUCUCUGGCCUCCUCCCUGUGUCGGGAGUCCCACUGGAAGUGCCUCCUCCUGACCCUCCUAAUGUACGGCUGCUUUGCAACACUCGCCUGGUGCGCUCUCUGUCGGGUCCCCGUUCUCGGCUCCUCCUCCAUACCUCUUGGGGCUGAUGACGAUGCCACCUCAGCGGCCUACUAUAACGACAUCCUGCACCUGGAAAGUCCGUGCUCUAGUGGCUACGUCUACAUCCCCCUGGCCUUCCUGGCUAUGCUUUAUGUGGUUUACCUGGUGGAGUGUUGGCAUUGCUUCUCCAAGACAGCCAUGUUGGCUCAUGCUGAAUUCCAGGAAGUGUACGAGCGUGUGCAGAGACUUCAGCAGGCCACACCCUGUAUUUGGUGGAAGGCCAUCAGCUACCACUAUGUGAGGAGGACGAGACAGGUGACAAGAUACCGCAACGGAGAUGCAUACACAACCACACAGGUCUACCAUGAGCGGGUGAACACUCAUGCCUCCAGUUCAGAGUUUGACUACGCCCGUUAUGGUGUCAAAGACGUAUCAAAGGAGCUGCUGGACCUUCAACUGCACCCUGCUGUUCGCCUCCGUUUCACCAAGUGUUUCAGCUUCUCUAGCGCACGUGCUGAAGCUGCCUACCUCACCCAGCGAGCGCGCUUCUUUGGGGAGAACGAGGGCCUUGACGAUUACAUGGAGGCCAGGGAGGGAAUGCACCUGAAGAACGUGGACUUCCGUGAACACAUCCUGGCAUUCCCAGAUCCUGCUCACCAGCCGUGGUUUUCAAGGCACAGGGUGUUCUGGCUAGCCUCAGCUUUUCUGCUGUCAUGGCCGCUGCGGGUUGUGUCAGAAUAUCGCACAGCAUAUGUCCACUACCAUGUGGAGAAGCUGUUCGGGGAGGACGAGGAUACUGGCGGAGGAGGAGGUGGAGGAGGACCAGGUGGAGGCGGAAGAGGGGAUGGGACUGAAGGUGGGACUGAGAAUGGAAUCCACCCGGGAGGACUUGCGAUUGGAAUUGGUCUGAACGGGACCAGCUACAGAGCCAUCUCUCGGGUCAACACAGUGGACAUGACAGAAUUGGAAUGGCACAUCCGCUGUAACCAACAGAUGGUCCCGAGCUACUCUGAAGCCCUCCUUAUGGACUUGGACACAAGUGGGGGGACAAACCCCACCGUCUCUACACCCAUCUCUGGGCCCCCAAGCACCACCCCUAACCAGGUGACCAACCCACCUCCUCUGGCUCUGCCUGUGGUGUUCAACUCAGCUUACCUCCUCCAGAGCUGCCCCCGAUGCCGGAGGACAACAUCGAGUUCCAGUCUUCCCUCCAGGCUAAGGGCCCCGAUGGGAACCACUGCCCUCCUGAACGCUACUGUGGCAGGGAUCAGGGCAGCCGGGCCAGGGGGUGGGGGUAUGGGAGGGAGGUUGGUGCUCAGUCGGAGUGGAUUCUCUCUAGGGAGACUGGGAGGACGCCAGAACAGCCUGUUUCAUUCAAGAAGCAUGGGGGGAGGGCUGGGAGGAGGAGGUGGUGGAGGUGGGGGAGGCGGAGGAGGAUUCCUUGGGUUAGGUUCAAGACAGGACAACGAGGAGACCAGAGGAGUGCUAGAAGGAGAAGGGGAUGACGACGAGGAAGAGGAGCAGGAGGAGGAGGUGAGGAGAAGGGAAGACAGGGGAAGAGGAGGAACAGAGAGGGAUGAAGAAGCAGAGCAAGACAGUGGAGGGGGAGGUGAGGGGAGGGAGGGUGAGAGGGAUCGUCCUCCAUCCUACCAGGACGCAUUCUUCUUUCCUGUCCUCAUUAUACACGGAGAGGAGAGCUGCCAUGCUGGAGACGACAUGUGACAAACAUGAAAAUCAACACAUUAAGAGG